AUGGAGGUUAAAAAGACAAACAAGCAGCAAUUUGGUAGCCUAGUGGCUUUUAUGGAGCAAUAUCCCGACGUGGCUAAAGGAUGUAAAUUUGUUCCUCGAGUAACGUUAACUGCGCUAUGGUUGACACUCAAGGAUUCGCUGAACAGCUUGGGUCCUCCAACACGUUCCGUUGCAGCAUGGCAAAAGGUGUGGACAGACAAAAAACUGCAAUUAAAGCGGAAAUUGCAGCAUAAUAAAACUGAAAUGUCGGCUACUGGAGGUGGGCCGAACACUAUGUAUUCCUUCAAUGAACUGGAGGAAACCAUUAUCCGUAUCCUUUCCUUAGAAAGAGCGGUCAAUCACAAUGGGGGUGUUUUUGGAAUUCAAUUAUCCGGAAUUUCUACAAAGAGUACAUCCGCGGAUGAUGUGCAAGGUAUUAUUCCUUGCGAUGAGGAGCGAAACGUCGAGGAGAUUGCAGUGAAUGGCGAACCUAUGCUCGAUAAUACACCCCGGGAGAGGCCAGUGAAACGUCCGUCGAACAUUCGUGGCCGUGAACGAGCCAAUAAACGGAAUAUUCGGAAGGUUAUGCUCGAAAAUCAAACAGCCGAUCUUUGUGAGAUAAAGCGCCAUGUAUCGGAUUGCGCUCGAUAUGCUCGAAAAUCGUACCUUUUGUACGAAAAGCGUUUGCAGUUGGAGGAGAAUAAAUUCAAUUUCAAAAAGCAUAUGAUGCUGCAAAAGGAAAAAUACAGAGCUGAACAGUUGCAGUAUCAGAUGCAGCUGCUGCAGUAUAAAAAACAAAAACUUAACUUCAAAAUGGGACGGAUAACUGAUACUAAAGAUGGAGACGAUGAUUCGAAAUCGACCCAGGACGAUAGUGACGAGCAGUGCCUCACAUUUUUUUCCUUUUAUUAA